AUGAAUUGCCUUGAACAACAUCGCGCAGCCGUCGGACUGUCCGUCAUUACUUUGUUGGCUGCCUCGCUAUGGGCCGUUUAUCGCAUUCAAUCCGAGUCAGAGCUUCCACCAGACAUUCCAGCACGGAUUGACAGGAUUUUGAAAGAUACACCAUUGAUUGAUGGCCAUAAUGAUUUGCCUUACCUCCUUCGGGUGGAACUUCAGAAUAAGAUCAAUGACGACCGCUUCACAUUCCGAGAAGGUGCGAACUCAAAAGGAACUUUUGAAACAUCACACAUUGAUGAUUUACUGACGGAUAAAAUUCGGUACUUAGGACUCGCUAGUCACACUGAUCUCAAGCGCCUGCGACAAGGCCGGGUCGGAGGGCAGUUCUGGUCUGUCUUCAUGGAAUGUCCCGACACGAAGCAGAUAGAUGACCCAAGUCACAUCGUACGCGAUACCCUCGAGCAAAUUGACGUCGCUCGUCGUUUCAUAGAAGCAACACCCGAGCUGAAGUUUUGUCCUACGGCUGCUUCUGCCGUGGAAGCUUUCAAAGCAGGCAAAAUAGCAUCGAUGCUGGGUGCAGAGGGGUUGCACCAAACCGGCUCCUCCAUCGCAGUUAUUCGCCAAUUGUGGGAUCUGGGAGUGCGUUAUAUCACAGUCACUCAUAACAGCGACAAUGCGUACGCGACUGCAGCUGCUACCGUGACCGCUCUAGGAACCGACUCCGAUGCGGGAUUGUCCCCGUUCGGGGCAUUGGCUAUCCAUGAGAUGAACAGGCUUGGUAUGAUGGUAGACUUAUCUCAUACGUCACAUCGAACCAUGAGACAAGUAUUAGAUAUCGCUCGAUCACCGGUGAUAUUCAGUCAUAGUACAUGCUAUUCCUUGGCAAAGAAUUUUCGAAAUACCCCCGACGAUGUCAUCAAGCGGUUGAAGACAAACGGCGGGGUUUUGAUGGUGAUGUUUGUGCAGAGGUUCUUGAACGCAACUCACCCAGAAAGUGCCGAUGUCGAGACCGUGGUCGAUCAUAUAAUGCACAUCGUCGAGUUAGCAGGCUGGGAUCAUGUCGGAAUUGGAGGUGAUUUCGAUGGGACAGUCACUCUGGCGAAUGGCAUUCACUCAGUGGCAGAUUAUCCUAAAUUACUCGAGGCUGUGAUGCGAAGAGGAGCUACGGACAAGCAAAUCAGGAAGUUGAUUGGCGAAAAUAUCCUGAGGUGA